AUGGCCCCUCCCCUCUUCGUCGCCAUCGCGCCGCCUUCCCCCUCGGCCUCGUUCGCCGCCGCCUCGUCCAGCAGCAGCCAUGACGCCGCACCACCGCCCAAGCCCGACUCGCCGCCCUGGGCCGCCCUCGUGCACCGCUACGACGACGGCUCUUGCGCGACCGACAUGGAGGCGGCCCCGGUCGAGCGACCGCGGGACUUUGUGUUCAGCGGCGGCGAGUCGUCCGCCAGCUCGUCACCGCCGCCAACCUUGCCUCGCGACGGCGCCGACGUCGACUUUGCCCGCGCGUUCUACCGCCGCGAGGGCUACCUCCCUGCGCUUCGAAGCCCUCGCGAGCAAGAGCGUCGUCGCGUCCUGCGCCGGUACUCGCUGUACGAGGUCGGCCGCAUCCCGGCCAUCGACGAGCUCGCAUCCCUCGCCCGCGACGUGUUCGACGUCGACGCCGUCGUGAUCAACGUCGUCCUCGACGACCGCGUCCUCCUCGUGUCGACGAGCGGCUGGGACGACAACGAGCGCGACCCGAGCGCGCCCCAGGCCGUCGUACCGCUCUCGGCGUCGUUCUGCCCGCACGGCAUGGCCAAGCCGCGCAGCGCCGGGUGCUUCCAGAUCCCGAACACGGCGCAGGACUGGCGCUUCCGGCGCAGCCCGCUCGUGCAAGAAGGAGACGGCCGCAUCCAGUUCUUCGCCUCGAGCAACAUCUACCUGCCGUCCACCUCGAUCGAGCCUGUUCCCGCAGAAGCCGACGUCGACGCCCUGCCGGUCGGGUCCCUGUGCCUCAUCCACGAGACGCCGCGCCCAAAGCUCACCGACCGGCAAGAGCGCAUGCUCAAGCAGUUCGCCGACAUGGCCGCCAAGGAGUUCGAGCUCGCGUUUGAGCAGCAACGCCGCCGCGCGACCGACGGUCAGCAAGAUUACCUGCGCGACGUCCUCAACUCGCUCAUCGUCUGGCCGUCGCGCAACCUCGUCAGCAGCGCCACCACCCUGCCGUGCAACUUCAGCGGCACGGCGGCCGAGCUGCACCGGUGGACCGGCUCCGACUUUGCCUUCGUCCUCGACCUGCGCGGCUUCAACCACUCGGCCACCGACCUCACGCCGCCUCCUUCGCCUACCUCGACGUCGAGCCAGUUCGGCAAGUCGCGACCAGCCUCGGCGCAGUCGGGUCGACCAACGCCGCCCGCCUCGCCGAACGCCCUCACCGGCCGCGACGAGUACCUGCAGAAGCGCAAGGCGAGCGCUCCUCACCGUCGCGACGCCAAGCUGCACGGUCCAGGGUUCGUGUCGAUCAUGGACGCCGAGUGCGGCCAGUCGGACGCCGCGACGGCGAGCCGCAAGAAGGACUGGGAGGCCGUCGUCAACUCGGGCUCCGGCGUCAACUCGAUCGCCCAGGCGCUCGCCGACUGGCACAAGACCGGCCAGAUUUCCUUCUCGGCUCCUCUGCCGACGUCCGACAACCCGAACCCGACCCUCAACACGCCGCUCGCCGGCAUCCUCACGCCCGACGUCCGGGCCGUCGUCGCCGUGCCCGUGUUCGACCACGAGGGCGAGCCCGCCAUCUAUGUCGUCGUCGGCUCGCGCAAGCAGCACUUCCAGUACGAGGCGACCGACCAGCGCUUCGUCCAGAGCGUCGGCGCGCUCCUCGUCGCCGGCAUGCUGCAGGAGCGCAUCCUCGCCGCCGACAAGGCCAAGCAGGCGUUCCUGUCGCAGGUCUCGCACGAGCUCCGCACCCCCAUGUUCGCCAUCGGCUCGCAACUCGAGCUCAUCCGGACCAUGACCGAGCCGAGCGCACUCGCCUCGAUCGACCCGCUCCUCGAAGUCGCCGAGAUCUGCCUCCAGUCGCUCCGAGAAGUACUCGACGACACGCUCGACGUCUCGAAGCUCAACAACGGCGACCAGGUCUCGGCGAGCCUGACCGAGGUCGACCUCGAGUCGCUCGUCAUCGACGUCGUCAAGUCGUGCUGGCACAAGGCCAAGCGCCUCGCCGCUAUGCGCGCCGGCGACGAGGGCCAGAGCAACUCGUCGGCUGUCGAGAAGGUCGACGUCAUGCUGCGCACGAGCUUGCCGUCCGGCGUCAAGGCCAAGGUCGACAUCGGCGGCCUCAAGCGCGUCCUCAUCAACCUGUUUGGCAACGCGCUCAAGUUCACGUCGACGGGCUCGAUCACGCUCGUCGUCGCGCCCGAGGGCAUCCCGUGCACGGACGGCGCACGCCGCAUCCGCUUCGAGGUCGAGGACACGGGCAAGGGCAUGUCGCAGGAGUUUCUGCGCGAUCACCUCUUUGUCGCCUUCCGCCAGGAGGACUCGUUCACGAACGGUGCAGGGCUCGGCGUCAGCAUCGCCGAGAGCAUCGUCAAGCGCAUGGGCGGCACGCUCCGGUACAAGUCGGCGCCCGGUGUCGGCACGACCGCGACCGUCGUCGUCCCGCUCGAGGGCGUUACGGGCACCGGCUCGAUCCAGGGCCUGCCCAAACCCGUCACGCGCAACCUGAGCGAGGAGCUCGCGAGCCUGUUCGACCCGCAGAGCCGCACGCCGUCGUCGUCGGCCGAGCCUGAGGACCGACCAUCGGUCGCCGACGCGUCCAAGCUCGUCGAGGACGACGAGCGCACGGGCUCGCUCGCGCAGGGCGCCAAGAAAACGCUCGUGUCGGGCCUGCCCGCCGACAAGCCCGCCGACUCGUCCGCCGCCCAGCAAGCUCCCUCGCCCGCUCGCGUCCUCAUCGUCGACGACAACCCGAUCGCGCGCCGCAUCCUCGUCACGUUCCUCAAGACGAAGAAGGUCACGUUCGCCGAGGCGAGCGGCGGCGCGCAGGCCAUCGAGCGCUUCAAGGAGUUCCGGCCCAACCUCGUGUGGUGCGACAUCCAGAUGCCCGAGGUCGACGGCAUCCAGGCCACCCGCGAGAUGCGCGAGUACGAGCGACAGGAGGACCUGAGCCCGGCCCGUAUUGUCGCCAUCUCGGGCCUCGACAGCACUCUCGGCGACCACCCGGCCGUCAUGACGUCCGGUCAGAUCAACCAUUGGCUCGUCAAGUCGGGUUCGAGCUUGCGAGCGCUCGCCGCCGACCUCGCCGACUACACCAAAAAGCUCGUCGAGAGCAAGGACGACGAUGACGGCACCGCAGGGCACGAGUCGGCGAACGUCAACGGCGGGUCGACCGAUCACUAGCUCCCCCUCCCUCUCCCUUUCUCUCUCUCGCUCUCCUCGUUCUUCCCGUCUCUUUAUACACUACCACCUUGUUCCACUCGUUCCUCGCACUCCACACCAUCUGUUGCUGCUACCCCCUCGCAUCUCUCCUGUCGCACAUCUCGCAUCGUCUUCCUCCCGCACCCCUUGUUGUCGCAUUUGCAGUGCAUCACUCGCUCGUUCUCGU